GGCCAUGGCUGUGGGUGGCGGGCCGGUGUAGCGCCGCGCGGGGCAGGCGGAGGCGACCGAGAGAGGCGGGGAUGGGGGCGCCGCAGGCGGAUGGUCGCGGGGGCCUGGGCUGCUGACUGCGUACCCGGAGCCAGAGUCGGAGUCGGCGGCGGCGGCGGCGGCGGCGGAGCAGCUCCGGGCAGGGUUGUUUUGAGGAUAGGACAGGACGAUGUGCACGACCGAUCAGCCGGCGCGCGUGUAUCUUCUAAUUUGAAAGUCUUCCAUGAAAACUUCAGUUUAAAAAAUAAGUAAUGACAUCAUCUGUCAUCUUAAAAGACUGAAAUGGGGGCUGUCAUUUUGAGGGCCCCAUGGUUAUGAAUGUGCUUCAAUUUCAUAAUGCCUCCUGCUAUGGCAGACAUCCUUGACAUCUGGGCAGUGGAUUCACAGUUAGCAUCUGAUGGCUCCAUACCUGUGGAUUUCCUUUUGCCCACUGGGAUUUAUAUUCAGUUGGAGGUUCCUCGGGAAGCUACCAUUUCCUAUAUUAAGCAGAUUUUAUGGAAACAAGUUCACAAUUAUCCAAUGUUUAACCUCCUUAUGGAAAUUGACUCCUAUAUGUUUGCAUGUGUGAAUCAAACUGCUGUAUAUGAGGAGCUUGAAGAUGAAACAAGAAGACUCUGUGAUGUCAGACCUUUUCUUCCAGUUCUCAAAUUAGUGACAAGAAGUUGUGAUCCAGGGGAAAAAUUAGACUCAAAAAUUGGAGUCCUUAUAGGAAAAGGUCUACAUGAAUUUGAUGCACUGAAGGAUCCUGAAGUGAAUGAUUUCCGAAUAAAAAUGCGCAAAUUCAGUGAGGAAAAGAUUCAGUCACUUGUGGGAUUGUCUUGGAUGGAUUGGCUGAAGCAGACAUAUCCACCAGAACAUGAACCAUCGAUCCUUGAAAACUUAGAAGAUAAACUUUAUGGAGGAAAGCUCAUUGUGGCUGUUCAUUUUGAAAAUUGUCAGGACGUGUUUAGCUUUCAAAUAUCUCCUAAUAUGAAUCCUAUCAAAAUAAAUGAACUGGCAAUCCAAAAACGUUUGACUAUUCAUGGGAAAGAAGAUGAAGUUAGCCCCAAUGAUUAUGUGUUGCAAGUCAGUGGGAGAGUAGAAUAUGUAUUUGGUGAUCACCCACUAAUUCAAUUCCAGUAUAUCCGGAACUGUGUAAUGAACAGGACUUUGCCCCAUUUUAUGCUUGUGGAAUGUUGCAAGAUUAAGAAGAUGUAUGAACAGGAAAUGAUUGCCAUAGAGGCUGCCAUAAAUCGAAAUGCAUCAAACCUUCCUCUUCCUUUACCCCCAAAGAAAAUGCGAAUUAUUUCUCAUGUUUGGGAAAAUAACAAUCCUUUCCAAAUUGUCUUGGUUAAGGGAAAUAAACUUAACACAGAAGAAAGUGUAAAAGUUCAUGUCAGGGCCGGCCUUUUUCAUGGUACUGAACUCCUCUGUAAAACCAUCGUAAGCUCAGAGAUAUCAGGGAAAAAUGAUCACAUUUGGAAUGAACCACUGGAAUUUGAUAUAAAUACUUGUGACCUGCCACGAAUGGCUCGAUUAUGUUUUGCUGUUUAUGCAGUUUUGGAUAAAGUGAAAACAAAAAAGUCAACUAAAAAUAUUAAUCCCUGUAAAUAUCAGACCAUCCGGAAAUCUGGGAAAGUGCAUUAUCCUGUGGCAUGGGUAAAUACGAUGGUUUUUGACUUUAAAGGACAGUUGAGAUCUGGAGACAUAAUAUUGCACAGCUGGUCUUCAUUUCCUGAUGAACUUGAAGAAAUGUUGAAUCCAAUGGGAACUGUUCAAACAAAUCCAUAUACUGAAAAUGCAACAGCUUUGCAUAUCAAAUUCCCAGAGAAUAAAAAACAACCUUAUUAUUAUCCUCCCUUUGAUAAGAUAAUCGAGAAGGCAGCUGAGAUUGCAAGCAGUGACAGUGCUAAUGUAUCAAGUCGAGGUGGAAAAAAGUUUCUUGCUGUACUGAAAGAAAUCUUGGACAGGGAUCCUUUGUCUCAACUUUGUGAGAAUGAAAUGGAUCUUAUAUGGACUUUGAGACAAGAUUGCAGAGAGAAUUUUCCACAGUCACUGCCAAAAUUACUGCUGUCGAUCAAGUGGAAUAAGCUUGAGGAUGUUGCUCAGCUUCAGGCACUACUUCAGAUUUGGCCUAAACUGCCCCCCCGGGAGGCCUUAGAGCUUCUAGAUUUCAACUAUCCAGAUCAGUACGUGCGAGAAUAUGCUGUGGGCUGCCUGCGACAGAUGAGUGAUGAAGAACUCUCUCAGUAUCUUUUACAACUGGUGCAAGUUUUAAAAUAUGAGCCUUUUCUUGAUUGUGCCCUGUCUAGAUUCCUAUUAGAAAGAGCGCUUGCUAAUCGGAGGAUAGGGCAGUUUCUAUUUUGGCACCUUAGGUCAGAAGUGCAUAUCCCUGCUGUCUCAGUACAGUUUGGUGUCAUCCUUGAAGCAUAUUGCCGGGGAAGCGUAGGGCACAUGAAAGUGCUUUCCAAGCAGGUUGAAGCACUCAAUAAGUUAAAAACUUUAAAUAGUUUAAUCAAACUGAAUGCAGUGAAGCUAAACAAAGCCAAAGGGAAGGAGGCCAUGCAUACUUGUUUAAAACAGAAUGCUUACCGGGAAGCCCUCUCUGACCUGCAGUCGCCUCUGAAUCCAUGUGUUAUACUUUCAGAACUCUAUGUUGAAAAGUGUAAAUACAUGGAUUCCAAAAUGAAGCCUUUGUGGCUCGUGUACAACAACAAAGUGUUUGGUGAGGAUUCAGUUGGAGUGAUUUUUAAAAAUGGUGAUGAUUUACGACAAGAUAUGUUGACACUCCAGAUGCUGCGCUUGAUGGAUUUACUUUGGAAAGAAGCUGGUCUGGAUCUUCGGAUGCUGCCUUAUGGCUGUUUAGCGACAGGAGACCGCUCUGGCCUCAUUGAAGUUGUGAGCACCUCUGAAACAAUUGCUGACAUUCAGCUGAACAGUAGCAAUGUGGCUGCCGCAGCAGCCUUCAACAAAGAUGCCCUUCUGAACUGGCUUAAAGAAUAUAAUUCUGGGGAUGACCUAGACCGAGCCAUUGAAGAGUUUACCUUGUCCUGUGCCGGCUACUGUGUAGCUUCUUAUGUCCUUGGGAUUGGUGAUAGACAUAGUGACAACAUCAUGGUCAAAAAAACUGGCCAGCUCUUCCACAUUGACUUUGGACAUAUUCUUGGAAAUUUCAAGUCUAAAUUUGGCAUUAAAAGGGAACGGGUGCCUUUUAUUCUUACCUAUGAUUUCAUUCAUGUGAUUCAACAAGGAAAAACAGGAAACACAGAAAAGUUUGGCCGCUUCCGCCAGUGUUGUGAGGAUGCAUAUCUGAUAUUACGACGGCACGGGAAUCUCUUCAUCACCCUUUUUGCACUGAUGUUGACUGCAGGGCUUCCUGAGCUCACAUCAGUCAAGGAUAUACAGUAUCUUAAGGACUCUCUUGCCUUAGGGAAGAGUGAAGAAGAAGCACUCAAGCAAUUUAAGCAAAAAUUUGAUGAGGCACUCAGGGAAAGCUGGACUACUAAAGUGAACUGGAUGGCGCACACAGUUCGGAAAGACUACAGAUCUUAAUGAUCAGCCUUUGCUCCUAAUGUAUUUGUUGGUUUGUUUAGUUUUCAUUUUGCACUUGCACUAAAUUGAACAUGACCCUGCCAGAGAUGUUAUAAAGGGAAUGAAAUCCUGGAACUUAGUUAAAUUAAGAACAAGGCAUCCCACACAUCCUAAUCUGAACAAUCCCUGAUGACUACCCUCUGCUUUAUUGAAUGCUUCCAAGAUUCAUCAUGAAAACUCCCAACAUUAUGGAUAAUCAUUUCCUGCUGACUUUGCACGCCGAAGAAUGCUACUAGAGAUUGUUUUCUGUCUUAUUCUUUUUUUAAGUAUUUGGUACUUUUCCAGAAAGGUGUAAAUACUUCUUUUUGUAUUGUGACCAAGUGUUAUCACUCAACCAACUUAUCCACACCUGGGGACUGGUAGUUGUUCUUACUUUCCAAAUGAGGCUUAAAAGAAAGGCAUCUUUCUUCCCUUUUUAAAUUAUAUAAACUACAAAUUAUAACAUAAUUUGAAAUUAUGUUUAUUUUUCAAAAGAAAUCUUUAAACUUGUGGAAAGAUUAAUUCUUCUGUUGAUAUUUAUCUACCAUGACAGCAUCAUUCCUAUCAGACUUGGUGAAAAUCUGCUCGUGAGGCAAAUAUUAUAUAUAUGCUGCAUAUAUAUUUAUAAAAUUUCAAGUGGGGAGUUCUAUAUAAAAAGACAUUUCUUUUUUUCUUCCUGUCGUGUUUUAAAGUUUUACAAAAAGCAGAGCUUUUUCCUAAGUUUUUAGUUAACUAUGAGAUCCAGUUCUUCCAGUUGCUUCUGUAAUGAGGCACAUAGUAAUUUCAGUUUUUACAUGGUAUCUAUGAAAGAGUUCACUUCAUAGAGCAUAAUACUUGAGCAAAUGCAUCCAAGACAGAAAGCAAGUGAAAGGAAACUGUUUAUGGAAUCAUCUCCAGACCUAAAAUUCAGUAUUUUAGUAAAAUGCCAGCUGUUCUUACUGUAUUUAUUAAAACUUAUAAUAAUGUGAUUUUUCAAGGAUAUUAGUUCAAAUUGAAAUGGUUAUAUGCCACAUGGAAUUCUUUAAUUUAUUAUUUGAGGUACCAUACACUUAGGGUGCUAGAUGGCAAAUAAUGUUAAUAUGUGCAAUAAGAACUACUGGUUUGAAUGUGUAAAUGGAUGCUCUUUCUGAGUACUGGCAAUAUCCAGCAAAACUACUGCUUUUUCUCCAAAGAUUUUUGGGAGCUCUCAAUCCUCAGUGACAUGAGAGAGAGAACUGAGAACCCUGUGACUGAGUUUUCUAUAGGAAUUUUAUUAAAGAUUGUUUAAUUUUGUUGUUCUCCUUCAUGUUCACAAAUAAAUGGGUGAGCUGGUUUCAGCUGCUCUUGGGACGUGUGGGCUGCUUCUUUAUGGACAGCACAGGCCUUUAGAUCUUGGCACUGGGACUCUAGGAAUAAAGUCAGUAAACAAAUUAAUUUGAGAGGUAGGCUGAGGCUCAUGGUCUAUUCUCUGACUUCUCUCUGCUUCCCAGCCCCAGCAGGAAGUGUGGGAGGCCUCUUGGACUUUUCAUAGGAGCCUGAAGCUCAUCAAAUUUUCAUCUUUGUACCCUGAGGUGGAGGAAAAUGCCCCUUUAGUGACUUAAGUAUUGAGCCAGACUGUAGCCACUUUGUGGCCCUCUUCCAUGGAGCAGAUAUUCACAACAAGUCAUAGUUUCUUAGAAAUAAGUUUUAGGUAAGGAUAGAGAUUGACCUCUGAACUGACCAUUCCCAGGGCUGGUCCAGACUCAGUGAGAAUUCAGGAAUAGGAUUGUGGAAGGAUAGGUUUGUUCAAGGAUCUUUAUCUGGUAGUGAUCUACUUUCACAUGCACUAGCUCUCACAGGCCAGGGGGCUUGGAGACUGGCAAACAUUGUCAGCUGGAAGUGGGAACCAGUGUUUCUAGAGGAGUCUCCUCAGUCCAUAGGGAGCCUUGGUAAAUAUAUGUAAAAAUAUGCCAAAUCAAUAAAUGUGGUCAGGAGUAAGAAAGGAAAGGCUUGAGCCCAGGAUGGCUCUGGACUCCUCUCCACCCUCUCUGCCAUAAGCCCCUCAAAGAUAGCCAGGACAAUGUGACGUAGUAGCCCUCUGUAGCUGUUAACCGCUCCUAACAGGUGCUCCCCACAUACUUCCUGAAUUGCACAUUUCUGAUUCUCUUCUCAGCAAGAGAAGAGGAGGUAGCAGGCAGAGGACAGCUAACUUUAGAGGUCUGGGCUGCUGGAUGAGCUUGUUGCAGGGGAACUGGUUAUCCAGUACCUUGGCUCUUAAGUGCUCUGGUCAGCAAUAAACCUUAGCCCAAAACACUUCUAGUUUGUAAAAUGGGACUAGUAAAAUAACUACCCUAGUCACUUCUAUGUGGUGGUGAGAAGGCUAGGUUACGACCAUGAAUGGGGACAUAGGCUGAGUCCCAAUUCAGAGGAACUCUUCCUGCUUCUUCCACUUGAAGACCACUGAAGGGAGGAAUCUUCGGGAAGGAAAGCCCCUUCCAGAGCUCUCCCCCUACCUCCUAUCUAAGGAGGCCCCUCCAGUAUCUUCUCAGUUCUACCUUGCCAGCCCAUAGCCCUAUUAGCACCGGAACAGUCAGGCAGCCUGUAAUGCCGAGGUCACUUGUCUGCAGGAGCUAAAAGACUGGUCCAAGGGGUGGAGAGCAGAGAGGGACCAUGCCACAGAACCCUGAGUUGGGAAUGGGCAGCUUUUAAAAAGGAGGGGGUAAGGGUUGAGGUUUCUUGGAGCAGAGGGCCCUGAGCUGAGUCUUCAAGGAUAGAAUUUAGGUGAAGGGGUGAUAAGUAAGACUGAGCAGGAAGGUAAAGCAUGUUAUAAAGGCUGGGAGGAGAGGAAAAACGGGAUUCAUGGGCACAAACAGGCUCAACAGCUGUUUCUUUGCCUCUGCCUCUUCCCCUCCUCCACUCCAGAGUGCUGCACUUCUCAGGGAUCCAGACAGUACUUAAACCUCAGUCAUAUCACGCUGGAGCCUCUUCCUCUUUCACUAUCUGUGGCAGUUCUAUCCCCUUCUUUGAUGAUGGAAAACGUGUCUGACAUCACCUUCUGGGUUAUUCCUGCUCUAAAAUGUACAACUAAGGGGUUUUUGGAACUCAGGAUUCCUUUCCACUUUUAGUAAAGCCCAGGUUCAACACUCAGAAAAGUCUGCCCUUUCAAACUCCCAACGUUUCUUUUUUAUUGUGAGAAAUGGCACAUAGAGUAAUGUAUACAAAACAAUAAGGCAUAUCAAGUUAAGGCUUAGCAAAUAUUAUAGAACAGACACCCAGAUAACCAUUGCAUAGGUUGAGAAAGGACAUUGCCAACAAUAAGAAGCCAUGCCAGUUCCCCUUCCUGGUCAGGACUUACUUCUCUCUGCCAAGGUAAUCACCAUCUCUUCUUCGUUGGCAAUCAUCUCAUUUCCUUACUUUACAGUUAUGCUGCCUCCUUUUUUGGGUCAGGCUUCUUUUGCUCUACAUUAUGUCUUUAAGAUUCAGCCAUGAGGUGGCAUCAUUUUUUAUCAUCGCCUCAUAAUAUUCCAUCUUAGUGGAUAUCCUAUAAUUUAUAUAUCUUUUCUACUGUUGGGACACAUACAGGUAGUUACUAGUUUGAGGCUAUUACAAAUAAAUAAUGCUGCUAUGAUGAUUAUAAUUUAUCUGCUGAUUCACAGAUGUAUAUAUUUCUUUGGAUGUAUAUACUUAAGAUUAAAAUUAGUUGGUCAUAGGAUUGUGCAUAUCUUUAUUUUGACUAAGUAAUGCUAAAAUAAGUGGUUGUGCCAACUUACUCUUCCUGCAGUACUUAAUUCUUGUCACUCCAUAUUCUCACCAGUACCCAGUUAUCCAGCAUUUAAAAAAUUUUAGCUAUUCUGAUGUGUGAGGUGAAAAAAAUUUGCAUUCUUUGCUUAGUAAUGAGAUUAAAUUGCUUUUUCAUA